AAGAAAAAAAAAACUACUUUAGAAGGCAGCAAGUUCAAAUAAGUCACAGCCCGAACAGGUUAAAAUAAUGUUUAGUGGAGAAUUGCAUUAAAUUCACCAUCGUUUCUAAUAUAAACACUUAAAUGACUACUUCGCUACGGAAUCAAACACUCAAAAUUGGUAAAGCUGAAAAUACUAUCGUCUCAUUUCAGGAAGAAGAUGCACAAUGCCCUGUCUGCAAAAGUGAUAAAUACCUCACACCGAAUCUCAAGUUAUUAGUAUCACCAUGUUUUCAUAAAAUGUGUGAAUCCUGUAUAGAUCGUUUGUAUAGCGCAGGUCCUGCUCCCUGUCCUAUUUGCCAGCAAGUUCUUCGAAAGAAUCAAUUCAUGUCGCAAAUUUUCGAAGACCUUGCAGUCGAGAAGGAAGUCCGUAUUCGUAAGAGAGUUGCUCGAGUGUUUAAUAAACGAGCAGAGGAUUUUCCAAGUUUAAGAGCAUACAAUGACUAUUUGGAAAUGGUUGAAGAUAUAACAUUUAAUUUAAUGAACGAAGUGGAUGUCGCUGAAACCGAAGCACGUAUAGCUGCAUAUGAACAGGAAAACAAAGAUAGUAUUGCUGCUAAUCAAGCCAAAUCCGCGAACGAACAAAGAUACAGAUUAUACCAGGAUGAAUUAGAAAAGAAAGAAAAGGAAACAAAGAGGGAAGAGUAUAUAAAACAAUUAGAGGAUGAAAGGAAGCUAAAAGAAAUGGAGAAGUCAGAAAUCAUUGCAGAAUUGGCAACGUCUAAUAAAUCAGCUCAGACAGUGCUGCAGAAGAGGCAAGCAACUGCCUUAAAGCGGUCCUCUGCCUUACGACAGCAACAAAAUUCUGAUUCGCCGUCAAGCAGAUAUUCUAUGCCAACAUGGAUCACAACCGCUAUGGAUACUGAUACAUAUAUGAAAGAGGUUGAAGCUAAAGACUUUGAUCCCUUAUCUUUACAAUAUGAAUAUGUGUCUGAAUAUACUCUACGAGAAAACUAUCAUGACCCGUACACUGAAUAUUUGAACAAUAACAAACAAGCCAGAGCAGGAGGCUAUGCACCAAAAUUUGCACAUCAACGUGCUCUAACGUCUGCCUUUACUGGCCUUUUAUGUCUACCUAUCGAUUAGACAUGAGACAAAUCAGAUUAAUGGGCAUGAUUGCCUUUGUAUAUAUCUAUUUCAUUUAUGCAAUAUGUAUAUUUUCAUUGUAGUAUGGCAUGUUGGAACAUCAUUAAACGCAUUCUCAUUCAAUCAUAAAAGCGUUGAAGAAAUAAAUGGCUAUUUAUACGCUUAGACUGGUCAAAGUCUAAACUCCAUACAUGACCUACUGCUAUUAAUAUUCUUUAACUUAGUGCAAAAAU